UAUGUCCAAACUCAGCAUUCCCGCCUCUGACCUCUAACCCCCGGAAAAAGUUUUUCCUCUGCAAACGAACGCUCCGAAGCCAGUUCAAAAUUUGAUGGAGUCGUUAUUGAUCAGUGAGCGGCGGACGGCGGUGGAGGGGCCCGUCAGACUUUUAGUCGUUCAAUGGUCUCCCCCAUGUGGAAAGAUGAAACGCCAUGUCAACGCGCGUUUCGUUGGUGGCGUUCUAGAACCACGGAUAAGAAAAGAACAUUCUAUAUCAAAGUCAUGUAAGGUCACGUCGCCCUGCACAAUCAUUUCCUUGGCAACGGAAGACUCAUUCUCUACGCCCGUGCCAUCGAGGCGUCCCGACAAGCAUGACUUAGCCGGAGGACCGGUCUUUCUUCUGCUGAGGGCUGACCGAGGAUGCCAGCAGCGCACGACGCCCGCGUGAAUGGCCAAGUCGCGCUUGUCUAAGAAGGAGACUUUCAUCCUUGUGUCUUACGUCUUGUUCUUCGUCUUGUUGGGCGCCGCGAUCUACGACGUGGUGGUCUACCUGCACACACAGGAGCCCGGCGUCACGACACAGAACUUCAUCUUCACAGUUUUGGUAAUCCACAUCUUGGCGUUCUACACGGCGUUGCUUGGUUACGUGUACACCACCCAGGCUGGAGCCACCGAGGCAGGGGAACACAUGUUAGCGGUAGUUUCACUAGGAUUAAACUUCGUGCUGUUCAUCGCGCGUAUGACGAUGGAGUUACUGGUCAUCACCUACCGACCGGAAGCGUACCUGCAGUUCACAGAUUCCGGCAAGUGACAGGUGCAUGUUACAACACCGCCACCUACAGGCUGGGGGUAUAUCUGCAGUUCCCUGACCGUGGAAACAAACUUUUUUUCUGUGGGGUGUCAUCAGGGAUUAUACUGCGAACUGCUGAACGAAAUGAAUCCCGUGGAACAUACAGGAAACCCAAACUGCUUGAUAUCAGUGGAUUACAGUAGAUUUUGGAUGCACGUUUCCUUUCAAACCUUGUUAUACCUCACACAUUCGUCAAUGGCAAAUAUUCUUCUAAGCUAGCAAAAUUUACCUCCAUCCUUUUGACACAGUGGAAUGCUGCUUGUACGUAAGAGGUAAUAUUUCACUAAUAUAU